AUGGGAUCAGAUGAGAACCCACGCUUCGAACAAUACAUCACCCAUUUUGUCAAAUCGGGUCGGCAGUGGGUUACCCAAGCUUAUGCUAACGUUACGCUUACGCCGGCGAUCGUUGCACCGGAGAAAACGGAGCUCAAACACAUAGUUUUUGGCAUUGCAGCGUCGGCAAAGCUCUGGGAGAAACGGAAGAAUUACAUCAAGUUGUGGUGGAAGAAAGAGGCGAAAAUGAGGGGGAUUGUGUGGUUAGACAACCCAGUCAAAACCCAACCUGAUGAUGGUCUGCCGCCGUUAAAAAUUUCCGGCGAUACCGCGCAUUUUGCUUAUAAGAACAAACAGGGUCACCGGUCGGCGAUUCGGAUAUCCAGGAUUAUUUCGGAGACGAUACGAUUAGGGAUGGAUAAUGUAAGGUGGUUUGUAAUGGGGGACGAUGACACAGUGUUCAUCACUGAUAAUCUUGUUAGGGUUUUGAACAAGUACGAUCACAAUCAAUAUUACUACAUCGGAAGCUUGUCGGAAAGUCAUCUCCAGAACAUAUACUUCAGCUACGGCAUGGCGUACGGCGGCGGCGGUUUUGCUAUCAGCUAUCCCUUAGCUAAAGCUCUGGAGAAGAUGCAAGAUCGGUGUAUUCAGAGGUAUCCCGGACUGUACGGCUCCGACGAUCGGAUGCAGGCGUGUAUGGCUGAGCUCGGUGUGCCACUCACCAAAGAACUCGGCUUUCACCAGUAUGACGUGUAUGGAAACUUAUUUGGGCUACUUGCUGCACACCCGGUGACACCAAUAGUCUCAUUACACCAUCUUGAUGUAGUCGAACCAAUCUUUCCUGAAGUGACACGUGUCGAGGCUCUAAAAAGACUAAUGCUACCAAUGAAACUGGAUUCGGCUGGACUUAUCCAACAAUCCAUUUGUUAUGACACUUCAAAAAGUUGGACAGUUUCGGUUUCUUGGGGAUUUGCAAUUCAAGUUUUUAGAGGAAUCAUGUCCCCACGUGAAGUCGAAAUGCCUUCUAGAACUUUCUUGAAUUGGUAUCGACGAGCGGAUUAUACCGCGUACGCGUUCAAUACGCGCCCGGUUGCCAGAAACCCGUGUCAGAAACCGUUUGUGUUUUAUAUGUCAAAAGUGCGGUUGAAUUCGACUACGAAUGAGACCGUGAGUGAAUACGCGCGCCAUCGUGUCCCUCAUCCUCCUUGCAAAUGGAAGAUGUUGGAUCCUUCGAUUCUUGAUAAAGUUGUUGUUUAUAAAAGACCGGAUCCGCAAUUAUGGGAUAGGUCUCCGAGGAGAAAUUGUUGUAGGGUUUUGGAGUCGAAGAGGAAAGGGUUGGUUGUGGAUGUUGGGUUAUGUGGUGAAGGGGAGAUAAGUGAAAAACGCCUCGCCGUUGACUCCACCACCGUUAUCGCCAUCAACCACCACCGCCUUUAUCCCCUAUCAUCUCCACCACCCACCAUCCAUUUUGAGCCUCGUCUAUCUCCAUCUUUCUCCGCUUUCUUCAUUAUUAAACCCUACCGAUUUAGUGAUGACGUUCCGGAGAAGACGAAGGGCGGCGACGAGUUAGGGUUUUCAGAAAACCCUAAUCGGUUAUUUUUGUUUCAGCGCCAUUAUCAUCCACCGAAAACCCUAGCUCUGUUAUCUUCAUCACCAAAACCUACUGUUGAUCUGGCCUUGUUGGUGGUUUGGAUGCCAUUAUGUGUUGAUUACAGUCGAUGUAUAAGGUGGAAUGGUGGUCACGGUGCUGGGAAUGGAGACGGAGAAGGGUGA